AUGGUCGUUGCCGUCACCGGCGCCACCGGCUUCGUCGGCAAGGCGCUCGUGGACAGGCUCAUGGCCGACGGCCACGAGGUCCGCAUCCUCACUCGCAACGCCAUCAGCGCCAGGCUCGCCAUGCCCAACGCCGCGCUCAACGGCGCCAAGUUCUACAGCUGGGACACCAUGAAGGGAAAGAUCGAGUGGUACGAAGCCGUCAAGGGAUGCACCGGCGUCGUUAACCUGGCCGGCGCCCCGAUCUCCUCCCCGUGGAACGCCGAGUACAAGAAGACGCUGGUCAAGUCCCGCAUCGUCACCACGAGGCGGGUGGUGGACGCCAUCAACGCCCUGCCCGCGGCCGAGCGCCCGACGCUGGUGAGCUCAUCCGCGGUUGGAUUCUACGGCUCGUCCAAGGCGGACGCCGGCUUCAGCGAGAAGGCCCGCGCCGGCAAGGAUUUCCUCGCCAAGCUCUGCGUGGACUGGGAGAAAGAGGCGGCGAGGUGCGAGUCCACCACGACGGUGGUUCGCACCGGCGUCGUCCUCGAGAAGGGCGGCGGCGCUCUCGCCAAGAUCCUCCCCGUGUUCCAGCUUUACGGCGGCGGCCCGCUCGGCAGCGGGAAGCAGUUCGUGAGCUGGAUCCACAGGGACGACCUCGUCGAGCUCUUCGUUCGCGCGCUGAUGGAGCCGAAGAAAUACGCGGGCGUGGUGAACGGCACGGCACCGGUGCCCACCACGAUGGACGGGCUAUGCGAGGCUGUCGCCAAGGCGACUGACAGGCCCAACUGGCUGCCGGUGCCCGGGCUUGCGCUGAGGGCGCUCCUGGGCGAGGGAGCGACGGUGGUCCUGGACGGUCAGAAGGUGCUGCCGACUCGAACGCGGGAGCUCGGAUUCGAGUUCAAGUACGAGAACGUGGAGGAGGCCCUCGAGGCGAUCGUGGCCAAGUGA